AUGAUAGAUUUGCAUUUUUAUGAACCAAUUAAUAUGAAAGAAUUAGAAUUAUUAUGUCGUUAUGGUUUUAAUGUUAAUGAAAAAAUUGAAAAGCACAAUAAUCAAACACCAUUGUCAAUAUUUAUUAAUAAACAUUACUCGAUACCCAUGUUAGAUAUUCUAAUAAAGAAUGGUGCUCGAUUUGAUAUUCAAGAUAACAUUGGUCAAACAAGUGUUCACUUAGCAUGUCAAGCACCCGAACAUCUAUUUGAAUAUGUCAUUGAAAAUGCUCCAUUUCAUUGUAUUAAUAUUAAAAAUCAGUCUGGUAGUACACCAUUAGAUUUAGUCUACUAUGUGGCCUAUGACGAGCCAUCAUUAGAGCGUAUGCGUUGUUUACAUAUUCUAUUGAAUAAAAAUGGAAAAUUAACCCGUUAUGGUAUGCGUGAACCAGGAUUAGUUAAUUCAAAAAAAUAUAAACUAUUUGACAUUUUGACAUGUAAAGAAUUUCUAUUAAAAUAUCGUUUACGUGAUGUAUUUGACAUUACCAUUCGUCCUUUGACAUGGUCUAUCUUCUUAUUUUACGACGUUUUACGUAGUUGUGAAAAUUCAACAAUGAUCACUACAGAUAAUACUAUUAUUUUAGCACCAAUUCAACAAAAUCAAAAUUCUCAACAUAUUUCGCAUAAUAGUCAAAUGAUACAAACAAUUCAAUUACGUUUAGAAUGCUAUUUUAUUGCUCUAAUUGAAAAUGGUGAAAUAUCUAUCGAAAAAUUAAUACAAAAUCAGUUGUAUCAACAAGAUUAUACUUCAUUAUCUUCAUCACCCAUAUCAGAAUUAGAUAAAAAGAUUAUUUUAGAUACUCAAAAUAUUUUAAUGAAUAUGACAUAUGCGCAAACAAAACUGAAAGAAUUAAGACAUCAAACAUUAAAAUUGAAAACAAUGUGUAGAAUUAAAAUUAAAGAUCAAAUUAAAUCGUAUCCAAAUGAUAUUUUAGAGCUAAAUAUAUCAAAAUUAUUAAAACUGUAUUUAACAUACAAUAAUCCAUUUAUUAAAACAAAUAGUGAUUAA